AUGACUAACUCAAAGCCAGGAGGUGUUUUGAACACGUCGGACGCUGCGACGAAUGAUCUUGCUCAAUCGAUUAUGCUCCUCGAGUUGGAUGCGACUCCUUCGCCUCAGGCUGCUCGCGAUGCUGUUGUGCCGCCUGUUGAAGAGAUUCCCGUAGGCAAGAACAUAUCCAAAGUCUUGCGACCCACGGGGUCAGUCAGCCCCCUUCUACCGUAUGCUGAACGGGCUGCCCUCUCGCCCAAACGGCAACUAGCGCCUGAAGCAUCUCAACGACAACUGAUCGGCCAACAAAUUGCUCCAUCUCACCGCGGGACAACGACGCCCUCGCCAGAGCCGGACCCAGCUCCUGUUUUCCACUCUUUGCGUUUGCGGCGCUCACGAACCCGACCUGUUUCGUCAUCACCGCCCUCUCCACCUCCAUCUUCUGUGGACAGCAAGAUGGACAUGCGGUCGUUGUCAUCGCUAACGUUUGGCUCCCGCUCGUCAUCCGACUCGCCGGAAGAGCCCCAAACCGGUCGCGUUUUGCCUCCCGUCUUUACCCGUCACAUUCGCAAUCGGUCCUCGUUGCCUGCUGAUGCGCAGCCCUCGCCGCGGAGCAGCAAAGGCAGUCACAACGGAACCCCUCGCGCGUGGCGCAAAGCGAGUGCUCGGAACUGGAUGUGUCUGACCCUGAACUCGGAUAUUCCAAACGAGUUGCAGGUUAUCUUAUCGGCGUCACGUGCCACAUCGCCUGUUGACACGCUCUCGUUCUUCCCGUCUACUAGCGCCAACACCUCUCUGCCGUCUUCUGGGCUUCCACCUGGUGACCUGCCGCCUCUGCCUCCCUCGCCUCGCAUCUCCUCGUCGCCCCCUCAACUACAGCUGCCCAUAUUCAAUGUUGAGCUUGUUGAAGCCAAUGGUAAUCAUGCCGAUAUCGAUGAUGGCGCUACCUCGGAGGAGGAUACGAAAAAGUCGUUUGAUAUCACGGGUGAGCUCCAGAAGCUGAAUGAGCCUGGGGCAUCAGAUAGGCGCAUUUUCGUUGAACAACAGGAGAACGCGUUCAAAACACCAGCCAAGAUCGACCUGCGCAAUCUACUUGCGAUUGACGUGCCUCCGGUUCCUCCUAUGCGGUUUAUCAUGGACCAGACUUCCUCGGCACCGUCGUCUCCAGAAAACUCGUCCAGUUUGGAAGACCAGCGAUCGCCUCGGUCAGCUACACGUUUGAUGGACAUCACAGCGCUGACGACGGCAGCCAGUGAAGGCGUCAGUACUAGGGCCGUAUUCAAGCACCCACAAUAUCCUUCCCCAAUCAUCGAUCUCAAAGAACCAACACUCUUGCCUGGCUCUGAUAGCCUGGGAAGUGACAUAAGCCUUUUGCCACAAAAAGGCCCAUCGACUGGUGAACUCAGCGUUGGUUUCAAGUUUGGGGGUCAGCUCCCUGGAGAGGAACCAGCGCCAAAGAUGCAAAAAGAGCCGCUUACCUUGUCAAACAUUCUUCCACCACCCUCUCACAGGCGCGCUCAUUCCCUGACGUCAUUGAUGGAGGACAAGGGAUCUCAGGCUGUGCUCCGAGUCAAGUCCGUUCUUGCCUAUGCCGCAGACGUUGCUGCCCAACCCCGCCCAUGGGUCAACUGGGCUCCAGUUUGCGUCGCUCUGCCGUCGGAAAUUCACGCGCUUCGAUGGCCAGCAUGCGUUCUCGAACUCGUUCAAGACCCGCCUCUGGCAUCAGCUUUACCGGAUUCGACUCGUUUGAUGAGGUCCGCAGAGGUUUCGAGCUCCAUGCUGAUCGCCCAACGUUUUAUCCACCACCUCCUGCUGCGCGCAACGCUUGAGCUUACCACGGACGGCGUGAUUCUGUCUUCAGCAUCGCCGUCUGUUUCUUCUUAUGGACACGUGACCGACCCCGGAGUAAACGAUCCUUUCGAGUACGGCUUGCCUACGCCCAGUCUCCGCGAGCAACCAUCCUCUGAAGAUCUGUCCAUCUCGCUUUCUAUGAGCGUUGACAACGCCUUCUCGUUCUUGGCGUGGGACUCUCGUCGCAAACGUGUGGCCAGCGAUGCAUCUAGUUUCUACCUCAAAGCACCAGCUCAGCAAUCACGAACUCCUUCAACGAUCACGAACUUCUCGCGGUCAUCGCUGUCGCGAGUCUACCGCUAG